AGGCCUUUUGGGGUGUUGAACCUGACCUCACACUUGAAUGUUUUCCUCGCAGCCGCGGCCGCAGCCUCCGAUCGUGACCAUCACUGCGGCUCGCGAGCAGCAGAACCACCGCCAGCAGCAGGCGGCCGACAGCCACAAGCAGCCCAAACAACAGCGGCGGGAAGAGCAGCAAGUGUACAAAGGCCCCUCCUCGGUGUCGGGGCCGUCGGGUCGGGACGGCGCCGGCGGGCCCAGGACGGACAUCUCCGAGCACGACACGACCACCGAGGACUACGCCACGGCCACCGAGAACAACUCGGGCACCGACACGUCGUCGCGGCGCUCCGGGGCCGCGGUGCCGCCCGAGGACGGCGCCGGGGCGGCGGGGGACGACGCGGCGGCCGGCGUCGGCGGCGACCACCAAGCGGGCAGGGAGGCGGUCCGGAACGGCGGCGGCAGCUCUUUCGAGAGCGCUUCCAGUCACUACAGCCUGUCGCGGACGGACGCGGUGUGCGAGGAGCAGCACCAGAUGGCGCCACUGGCCCCCGACGAAAGCUCCAGUGAGGGCCAGACACUUCGCGCCAAGCCGCUCCCGGAGCCGCCGCUGGGCCUAAGAUCGGGCACCCCGCUCAGUGCCGAUGAGAGCAGCAGCUGUGGCAGUUACAGCGUCGAGGGUAGCUCGGUGGACACGGCGCUCCACCACAAGUACGGCAAGGAUGAGCAGAACAUCGAACAGAAGCGGCGAUGCCACAUACAGGCGCAGCAGCAGCAACAGCAGCAACAGCUGGAACAGCAGCAGAAGGAGAAGAUGCAACAGCAGCUACGGAAGAAACAACUUCGGGAGAAAUUGCUUCGUGACCAACAAUUGCUACAACAGCAGCAACAGCAACUUACCCGCGAGCAACAACUGCAGCAACAGCAGCAGUUGCAACAGCAGCUCGAAAUCGAAGAACAGAAACUGCAGCUCUUGAAGCAACAGCAGUUGAAGCAGCAGCAGGAACAGCAGCAACUUCAGCAACAGCAACAGCAGCAGCUGGAACAGCAGCAGCAGCAGCACAAGCAGGCCCUGAGGCACGCCCACCUGAUAAAGCCGGGGUCCGUGUCAGACGAGGAGCACAGCGGACACUGCUCGUCAUCGGGCUACUACGAGUCUCCGGCUGAGGACGACGACGAGGACCAGAUACAGAGGACGAGGACGCGCAGAGACUGGACGGAGGAGGAGAAGCGGAGGGUCAAGCGCGCCUUCAAGCUGGACUUUGUGCCGGAGGGCCCGGGGGCCGUGGGUGCCGCCGGGGCGAGGGAGGCGGCGGGCAAGAGGACGCCGAACGGGAGGCGAGCCGCUAAGGACCGGCACAGUCCUGGUCGUUCCCCGGGUCGCGGCGCCGGGCCGGCGGGGCCGUCGGGGAGGGGCGCCGCGGUGCUGGACGCCAACGGCGCCAUGGUGCGCAGCCCCGCGGUGCACGACGGGCUCCGCGCCGCGUCGCCGCGCGCCACCCCCGACGAGCUCGCGCCCUGCUCGGUGCACGGCGCCCUCGGCGCGCACGGCUACGGCGACCCCAGCCCCGGCCACUCGGGCUCGGGCUCCUCGGACGAGUCCGGCAGGGAGGGCGGCGCGUCCCCGCGGAGGCACCGCCGGCCGCGGCGGGGCGGCGCGGGGGGCCGCAGCCCAGGCGGGGCCCACGGCGGGGCCCACAGCUCCCACGGCGCCGGCGCCGCUGCCGGGGCUGGAGGCGCUCGCAGCCCGCUGUGUCCCGAACACAGCAGGGCGAGACGGUGGAGCGGCUCGGACAACGAGGCAGGGCCGGUGGCGGGCCCGGCGGGGGCGGCGGCGUUGCUGUUACUCUACUACUAUGCCUUGUGUGUUCCAGGACCAAGCACGUGA